UACAACCCAGUAUAGAUCAUAAUGAGAUCCACCAAGACAUGAAGGAUAAACCCCUGGUGCAAAGCUUAAGCUUGUAAUAUGGGUACGCAGUGGUAGCUUGGCAAAUUGGCAACUAAAAACGUUGUAGUACAGUUGUUAGAGUGCAAACUCCUGUGUCGUGUUACAUCGCAAAACCCAAUCUUGCUUGUUUGAUUUCAGUCGUGGCUUCUCCCAUUUUGCCCAGAACAGCUCUUCUUUUCGUGGUCGAAGAGCCAUAUUCAUUAGAUAUCACAGUUGGAAUUGGUUUCGAACAUGCAUCAGUUCAGCAGCAGGAAAGCGCCAAUCCGUGCCUCCGACGUAGUUUUGCCGAGUCUGGUUUACACUAUUGCCAACUACGUCGUAACCAAGUAUCUGUCGGUACGAGCAGCAUCACUUGAUGUUUUAGAAACCUGGGACCCUGAUUUUAACUUGGAUUUGUCCGGUGUAGCCGGAUUUCUCGGUGGUGAUGAAGCUGUUUCAGCUACAGUUGCGGCAUUCAGUACAGGCAAUAUUGGUUGGACAGGUUGGUAUGCUUCACCUGGAGCGUACGCAGUAGCAAAGUAUUUCGGAAGAACUUUGGAAGGAAAGGUUUGGAAGGCCUGCUUCCCUGGAGAACGCGUCGACUUGUCCGAGGCUUUCAGGCUACAUUCCAUCUCAAAUUAUCAAUUCUACGGACUAGAAUCCUUUACAAAAUGUCGACCGCAUAGUAACAUACCUGACUGCUUGGUGGCGGAUGUAGACAAAAUCAUUGCUGAGGACAAGCUCAUUGUAUUCAAACCACUCGAUCUUGAAACUGAACGUACGCAGCCUGGUCAGGAUUCUUUGCCUAAAAAGGAUGAGCAACUGGAAAAUGGGACGCCAGCCUUAGUUCACAUAUUCACAGUAGGGGAACAGAGUAAAGAUGAGCAGUCGUCAAGCAACCAUUCAAAUGAAACUCCGAGUCCAAAGUCUUGGGUUACUACUGAUUUCUAUAAGAUAUCUCCAAGCAUUAAAAAAGCAAUGUACGGCGUGGUUGCUCUGGUCGUGGACUUGGUCUUCCUUGCUAUUCUGGGUCGUAUCAGAGACUGGUGGAUUCUAUCUAUUAUUUUGGCAAGUCUAGUGUGUAACUUCUUAUUUGUUACUUCCCUCCGAUCGUGCAAAAUCGAAGUAGUGAAGCACAAAGUGUCAUCCCUGGAUACACCUCCUGGGCACGGUAUCUUUGCACAUGAUACAGAAAACACCUUUAUGGCUGUGUUUGGAACCGAGGAUAUGAUGAACAAUAUUGCAAAGACAAAACUGCAAGUCACCCGUAACAGUACCAUAUGCACCAAACGUCCAAGUACAGAACCCACUGAAAGUACAAAUACCAUUUUCUCUGAACUCUGGACUGGUUUGGCAUGUAUGUCGAUGCAACUGCUGUUCUUGGCACAAAUUCUCAUCACGCCUCAAGGAACUCUUGCUGGUCAAAUCAUAUUUCUAGCGUCCCUGCUCGUUGGUUGGAUAGCAAAUGCAUGUUAUUCAUACAUUGAUGUCACUGAAGCGCAGCGACAAAUAGUUCGAGAUAAUUGCGGUGCAAAGCAUGUCCUGACGUUGCAAGGCGAUAGAACUCAAGUUUUGCUAACUUUGGCGUUUUUGGUAGACCUAGAAGGUGACGAUUUCAUAGAAAUAUAUACCAAUCUACUCGCAAAGUCAGCAGACUGGAAGACAGCAUUGAAAGCCGUAUCCGACAAAGUGAAGAACAAACGCCUUAAGAAUGAACAAAAUAUAUCCCUUCAAUCUGAAGGCAACCAGAGUGAGUGUAAUCAGAUCGGAAGCCCAUUCAGCGAGCGUCUGCAAAAGGCCAUCGCCGGUGCAAAAAAUACCCUCGACACCGUAGAUGUGAACAGUGAGCUGCAUAACAACAUACAAAAAUUCAAAGAAUUUCUGGAAGGACUGAAAACUCAGUCUUUGAACCAACAGCGUUCUAGUGCACAAAGCAGUCCAACAUUAGAAGCAAUCAUUGUAGAAGACGCCGACAAUGGAUUACACGACAUAUAAGAUCAUUAGGCGGAGAUUGUUUAGCAAAUGGCGAACCCUAGGUCUACAUAGCUAAAGUAGUUUAACAUGAUGGUCAGUGGUAUCAACAGGGGAAAAAUAAAAAUUUCAAAAAUUGGACAUUAUGGUGAUUGCUGUUGUCGACAGCCAGCCUUUCCACCCGUUACAAUAUUCAUCGUGGACAUACCACCAUCCAUUCCUUAAUAAAUCAACUAAUCAAAGCAUAUUCAAAACCUACCU